UUAGAUUUUUGAGUAUGGUGUUAUUAAAUUCUUUGUCAGCUUUCUUGAUUUUCUAUCCUUUGAUGAAUUUUCAUUCAGUUGUAUCUCAGAAUCAAACAGAAAAUAGUAGUAACAGCUGCCUCAAUGAAUUCAAGUGUGGGAAUCUUGGAAAUGUGAGAUUUCCUUUUUCUAUGAAUCAGUCACAACCUGAUUGUGGAUUGUACACUAUAGAUUGUGAUGUUACUCCGAAUCCAACAAUUCACCUAGGAGAAAAUGUUUAUAGUGUUCUGCAAAAACGGUCGUUUGAUGGUUUUCGAGUUUUAGACCUUAGGCUUCAUGACUUGUUGGCGAAAAAUAGUUGUCAUUCUUUUGAUAGAAGUAUAUCGUUUCCAAGUUCUCCUUCUAUCUCGUUUGGAAUCAACGAACGUAAUCUUACCUUGUUUAGAUGCAAUGAUAGUCUAGAUAUCAAUAGAACCAUGAAUGAUAAUCAUUUUCGCGAUUAUCUGAACUAUAGUAAAUGUAGUGGCUUCAACAUAUACUAUAAGUAUCCUAGAAGAGAACGGGAAGGUUCCUUGGAUGCACCAGAGGGAUAUAUUCCGGGUAACUGUUCACCGAUUCAAUUGCCAAUUACAUGGGGGUCACUGUCAAAUGCUCGAAAUAGUAAUAGCUUGUUUGAUCUCAUAACUGCGAAUUUUAGAAUUCAGUGGAGCCUGUCUGAUGAUUGCAGUAAAUGUUUCUAUGGAGGGGGUCGAUGUUUAACCGACAGCAACAACAAUUUUCAUUGUUCCACAGUAACAAGAAAGUCAAGACGAGUUCUAGUUGUAGUCUUACCUGCAGUGAUUGGCUUGACCCUUUUAAUCUGUCUUGGUGUUGUUAUCUGGCAUUUCAAGAAAGGAAAAGGCGGUCGUUCUCACUCUUUCACAAGAAAUACAUAUUCUGAUCCUUCAAGAAAAGAUCUUGAAGGGGAUAGCAAGUACUUUGGGGUCCCUGUCUUCUCCUACUCUACUCUUGAAGAAGCCACCAAUAAUUUCGAUUCCUCCCAAGAGCUUGGAGGCGGAGGUUUUGGAACUGUAUACUAUGGUAAACUUCGUGAUGGACGAGAAGUUGCAGUGAAACGCCUCUAUGAGCAAAGUUCCAAGAGGAUGGUGCAAUUUAAGAAUGAAAUUGAAAUUCUUACUCGCUUAAGACACCAGAAUCUUGUUAUGCUUUAUGGUUGCACGUCAAGGCAUAGUCGUGAACUCCUCCUGGUUUAUGAAUACAUCCCGAAUGGAACAGUUGCUGAUCACCUUCAUGGAGAGAAAGCAAGGAAUGGAACCCUUAAAUGGCCUAUCCGCAUGAAGAUUGCCAUAGAAACUGCUAGCGCUUUAGCUUAUCUCCACGCUUCUGACAUAAUACAUCGUGAUGUCAAGACUUGUAAUAUUCUACUUGACAACCAUUUCUGUGUCAAAGUUGCAGAUUUGGGGCUUUCACGACUUUUUCCAAAUGAUGUGACUCAUAUCUCAACUGCUCCACAGGGGACACCAGGAUAUGUUGAUCCGGAUUAUCAUGCUUGCUAUCAGCUAACUUGUAAAAGUGACGUAUAUAGCUUUGGAGUUGUCCUAAUUGAGCUCAUAUCAUCUCUCCUUGCUGUGGAUAUAAGAAGGCAUAGGGAUGAAAUUAGUUUGGCUAACUUUGCAAUAAGCAAGAUUUUGAAAUGUGCAUUUGAGGAGUUGAUUGAUCCAUCUCUUGGUUACAAGUCCAAUGCUGAAGUUAGGAGAAUGACUACUUCAGUUGCAGAGCUAGCUUUUCAAUGUCUCCAACUUGAAAAGGAGAUGAGGCCAACAAUGGAUGAAGUGUUGGAAAUUCUAAAGGCAAUUCAGAGAGGCGAGUAUGAAGACCAGAAGAAAGAGGAGAUUAACGUCGUUGAUAAUGAGCUUAGCUAUGUAGAAAUCCCUCCAGAUCCUGAAUCAGAAAAUGAUGAUGCACAAUUGAUGAAAUCAAAAUUACCUGUUUCAAUGAAUUCUGUAAAUGAUAAGUUGUUUAGGUGCUCUACCACACCUAGUAUUAGCGGGUAAAAUUCCUUCGAUGUCAAUGCUAACUUCAUUAUUUUUUAGCUUUCACACGCUCUUUUUAAAAGGCUUCAUUCGCCUAUAUGAAGUAAACUUUG